AUGGGAAAGAGGAACUAUUGCAAUCGGUCCACUUCUAAGAUCACUGAAACAAAAUGUGGAAAUCCAUUUUAGGGAGAGACGAUGAUGAAGAUAGAGAUGAAGAUUUCUUCAACAACCAAACCAAUGAUGGUCAAAACCACUGCGCUCUCUCCUACACCAAGAGACUGUAUGGGUUUGCUGCUUGUUUGAUCUCUGGCCUUCUGUUCAUAUUUCUUUCAAUGGUGGUCUUCAUAAAACCUAUCAAGUUUGCGCUUCUUUUUACGUUUGGGAAUAUGUUGGCUGUUGGAAGUACAGCCUUCCUCAUUGGACUGGUUGAGCAACUAAGAAAGAUGUUUGAUCCUAUCCGCAUUUAUGCAACUGCAGUAUACCUGGGUUGUGCCGUUUUGGCUCUUAUAUGUGCUGUUUUGAUCCACAGCAAGAUUUUGACCAUACUUGCUAUGAUAUGUGAAAUAUGUGCUCUCAUUUGGUACAGUCUAACCUAUAUCCCUUUCGCCAGACGAGUAGUUUCCGAUGUGAUGAUCCGUCACUUUGACACCGAAAUUUAGAACUCUCCACUUCACUAUUCUCGUCGACAUACAUUUCUUUCCAUACCCGAUUUGUACAUCGCGCUUCUAUUCAUUUUUUUCUUGUAACAACUCCCCAAGAAAUGAAAAAUGUCGACUUUACGAUGAUCAAUCGAAACUAUCAAAAGUUU